AUGGCUCUUUCACAAUCUUCUGUUCUCCGUCUGGCUGCCACUGCCUUUGGUACGAUUUUUAUUGGAUUUGGAAUUAAUGCCAUCUUGCGUCCCGACCACGCCUUGACAUUCUUCGAGUUUGCGCCGCCAGCUGACGCGACUGAUCAUCGAUUGGUGGAUAGCCUGAUGGCCGUGUAUGGAAUCCGGGAUAUCUUCAUGGGACUGGCCAUCUAUGCCGCCACCUUCUGCGGCACCUCCAAAUCCUUGGGAUGGACAUUGAUCUCGGCCAGUGCGGUUGCAGCGGGCGAUGGCGCGGUGUGUUGGAGCCACGGGCAAGGCGAGUGGAACCAUUGGGGGUACGCGCCGAUGAUCACGGUAGUUGGCAGUCUCUUGCUGGGUAUUUUUGAUCGUGCAUGA